AUGGUGAACCCAUUGAGCAGAACACGGAAGAUGGAGCAAAAUAGAAGCAUGCUCGACCUCUGGCGGCGACUCAAGCAAGAACAGGACUCCCAAGUCAGAAUUAAGAUGACGCCCAUUUCGCCGCUUCAGAGACUCGUCCAUCGUUGCACGCCUGCUUUCGACAAGGAAGGAGAUCUCGUCGGCAUGGGCUUCUUCCACUGGUUUUUCCUCGUGUUAAUCGGCGCCUUCGUUCAUCACGUGUUGAAGCGUGACCCCCCGCCCAUUUUUGGGGUGUACCGGAGACCGGGGAAGUGGUACUACGUCAAGGUCCUCGUCUUCCGCGCUCUUCUGUGGCUAAGAAAGGUCGAAAAGGAGGAAUGGGCGUGGGAAGAAGUUCCCAUGGAGCCAACCGCCCUACCUUCGUCCUCCAAAGCCAGAGUUUCCUGGGGGCUCCAUGGGCUGGGGAAUCUCUCUGUUGGCUCCAUGGGCAGGGGAAUCUCUCUGUUGGCUCCAUUCGUUGAAGGCCCGAGCGUCUUCGUUGCCCAUCCUCCCCGACUCAUUCAUUCACGAUCUUCCCUCCGUACAUCGCCGAUCCAACUCCCUCCGCACUCCCGCACCCGACAGACACAUCUGAAGCGGAAAGGCUCGGGAAGCGCCGGCUUGGGCUUCGGAAGGAAGAAGACGCUGAGCCCCCUGCAGAUGGACGGCCUCCGCCCUCUCUCGAAUCACCCGAAGGCCAUCGACGCCGUGUACUUCAGCGGGGCGAGCGAGGAAGGGUGCUACUUGGUGGGGGCUGCGGCGAGGCGGCCCCAGGGCGUCGUCGAUGGGUAUCUUCACAUCAGGAUCCCGGGGGUGGGGCUGUUGCGGAGUCCGAAACUUCCCGACACGACGCUGAAGAUCGACACGGACGCGGGAGACGACGAGGAUCAAUUCGGCGCGGAGGGACUUCUUUUCACCCCGCUCGAACCCAUGAGACGCUGGGGAAUCCGCUACCACGGUCCCAUGAAGCUGGACGAGAAGACGGUGCAGGUGGAUCUCCAGGGCGAAUGGAUCAGCGACCUGGCGUAUUUCGACUUCGACACGGAUUUGAGUCCUGGCACGCUGGCGAGGUCUUUGGCAAAGGAACCCUGGUCGAGGGAAUACUUUCAACGCCUUCGAGACACCCAUCAGAACCACUACGAACAAAUGGGUCGCAUCGAGGGGUCGGUCCGGAUCCACGACACGGAGUACAGUUUACGUCUGGACUCGAUGAGGGACCACACCCACGGUAUGUCGUCUUGCCAUGUUGUCGACCUCGGUCGUGUCGUCGGUAAUUCGAGGGCGAGAAGAUCUGCCGCAGCCGAGAAACGUGAUUGGAGCCACAUGCACCGUUACGGAUUCCACACGUUUUUCCUGGAAGACGGGACGAAGGGGAACGUGGGGGUCGCCUCGCUCCCUCUCACCUGCUCGCUGUUGGAGGUGGGGUACGUGUACGCGAGGGGAGGGGAGUUGGUCCCGGUGGAUUCCGUGGAUUUGCCUCUCUGGCAGCACGGAGAAGGCGGGAUGCCGCCCAAGGAUUAUGCCUUCAGUUUCUGUGCAGGAGGAAAGCAGUACUGGAUGGAGGUGAAGGUACUGGAAUCCCCCGAGCUGUUGAUAGCUGCAGACUGGGAGGCUCGAGUCGUCCUCCGCAUGGUCGCCUUCACCUGCAACCGCCUCAAGGGUUGGGGCGUCGCCGAGUGGCAAUAUUGCAAUCCGGACGGGAGGAGGGUUCAAGGAUUCCAACGGAGUUCCUGAUUGCCAGCGGUGGCGUUCUUUUUGAUUUUAGGGUCGACUUCGUAAGGCGUUCGUGUUUUCUUCUGCUUCUUGGGUGUUGAUCUUUCCGACUUCUUUCUGGUGUGGUGAUUUUCGUUUCACCGAGUUUGUGGUCUUCGUGUUGAGAGUGUGAAUUGGUAUGAAAGUCUGAAAUGAAAUGAAUGCCAAGUC